AAUUCAGUAUGUCGUGUGAAUCAUUCCAGACGUUUUGUUGUCUCGAAACGUGCUAAAUCGCCUCAAAACUCGAUAAAACCGCAGUUCUAAACUCCAGAGCAAUAAAUUCGAUAAUAUUUUAUCGUUCUCUAGUCGCCAUGACACCAAAACCAGCCUUGUCUCCGUGUCGUAAAAACUCUUUAUUUAGUGCAAAUAGUGAUGAUCAACAUGGUUUCUCUUGAAACCGUGCUCUAAAUUCCGCAAAAGCUGCCUACAUUUCGUCGGAAAUCGUCGUCUCGACAAUGCUGGAGGCCUGAGGAUGGAGUCGUUGCGGAAGUGGUUCUACCGACCAAAGCGUGAUGACAAAUCCUUGUUGGCGCAAUUUUUCUUCGCCGAUGAAGCUUUGAACAUCAUCGCCAACGAGCUGGACAGCUUCGAUGGACGCAAGGACCCGGGGCGGUGCACCACGUUGGUCAACCAGCUGAGGCAGAGCCAGGACAAGGUGUUGACGAUCACCAAUGCCAUCAUGGAUGUCCUCAUCGGAGAUGAGAGGGCCAACAGGGACUUCAGGGUCAAGUUCCCGGAGGAUGUCCUCCAGGAGAAUUUGGCGGGACAGCUCUGGUUCGGGGCCGAGUGCCUGGCUGCCGGCUCUUCUAUAAUGAACAAAGAGGCCGAGAGCACGGCCAUGCGCCCCCUUGCCAAAGCCGUCACGAAGAGUCUCGAGACGGUCCGCAACCUCCUGCGCGACACCUGCCUCCGCAACAACACCCCCAACGGCCCCAUUAAGCUCGACAGCAACGAACUGGUCACCGAAAUGCUCCUCGAGAGUCUCAAAAUCUUCGAUAAAUUAUUUGCCGAAUUCGAACUCGCCUAUGUCAGCGCCAUGGUUCCCGUCAAGUCGAUGCAAGAGUACGAACUCCAGGAGUUGAUCGGCGUCCUCUUCAGCGAGACUUUACAACGCGCCCUCAAAAUGAGACUCCUCACCCAGGAAAUGGUCGACGAUUGUGACCCCGCCCUCAUGUUCACAAUACCGCGAUUGGCGAUCGUAAGUGGCCUUCUGAUCUUCCCGAGUGGACCUCUUUGUGUCGAUAAACCAAUAGAGGAGAUGAGCAACAUGUUUCGGCCUUUUCGGACUUUAUUACACAAGAUAAGGGAGUUGCUUUGGACAUUAAAUAAACGCGAAUUGUACAUGUUGGAGAAAUUAUUGUGCGACAAUGAGCAAAUUAGUGACGUUAAAUCGUUCAGUGAUAGUGAUUUUCACUACGAUUUUAUUGACCAGUUUUAUAGUGAUUUGCAUCGGGAGGAGCCUGGUUUUAUAGAAACCACGCCCAAGUCACCGCCUUUAAAAGAAAAACCAAUCGUAUAUCCGAAAGUUGAAACACCGGACACGCCCUCAACUUCUGGUUAUUUGAUCCCCAAUAGUAUAGCACACGAUAUUGUGGUAGCAUCAAUCGCUGACUCCGCCCCUCAACCCGGUGACUCCCCCCCUGAUCAUGACUCACUCGAGGUGAUUUCAGUCGCAGCGGCUACUUUAUCCUCGAUUUUAAUCGAGUCGCCGAGUGAUUCAGGUGUUUGCACGGAGAAUACAAGUCUAGACCGGUCACCAAGUCUAGAUUGUCAAUGUGGAGGUUCGGGUUGUAAGUGUCGAAAGAGCUCCCCUAGGAAAAAAGGGAAGAAGAAAGAGUUCACCCCCGGGACGAGUAAACUCCCUACUUUACCACGUAAGAGACAAGAAGAUGACACUUCUAGUGUGGGCAGUUCGGACACCUCUUCAUUUAAUAGUAACGAUGAUGAGGAGAUUGCACUUGCCAUGCAAGCGGCCCAAAUCGCCGAAGUGAGGUCGAAAUACCGCUCCAGCGAGGACCUCAUCCACCGACUCUUUGUCUGCAUCGCCGGAGUCGCCGACCAACUCCAAACCAACUUCGCGAGUGACUUGCGCAACAUCCUCAAGUCGGUUUUCCUAAUGAACACUUCGGACGCGUCCGUGGACACCACCUCCAUGGAGGCGUCGCUGGAGUAUCGCCCGUCCGAGAACGACGUCAUCGAGAACAACGAGUUCUCCGUCGAUCCGAAUAUCCUAGCCCAGGAGGCGCUCUUCGACACGAAUGUUUAUUUCCAUCUGGACCCCGAGGCCGAAGAGGGGGAGUAUACGAACCAUCCGAGGCAGGAGAGGAGUGUGCCGAGUUUGGGGGAGAGUCAAGCGAACGGGUCGAGUGAGAGGCCGCCGAUCUGGAUCCCGGAUGUGGAGGCGCCCAAGUGCAUGUCCUGCGGGAUGAAUUUCACGGUGGUGAAGAGGAGGCAUCAUUGCAGGAAUUGCGGGAAGGUUUUCUGCGCGAGGUGUUCCUCGAAUAGUGUUCCUUUGCCCAAGUUUGGACAUCAUAAGCCGGUUAGAGUUUGCAAUAAGUGUUUUAUUUAUAAUUUGACGCCGUUUACGAUGUGAGGGGUACUUAAGUAGGGAAUUUUAGGCGGGAAAUUUGAAAGGUUUGACAGUUUUUUGCCUUAUAUUAUUGUAGGAUUAAUCGAGUUUUGCAUUUGUGGAUUUCAACGACGCGUUUUACUUAAUUUUGAUAUAAUGGAGGGGUGGGCGCACUCGCUACGUCGACUUUUAUGUGAGAUUAUCUUAUUAGUAAGUACAAAAAUUAAAACUUUACAUUUGUCUCAAUAGAUUUUAAUUUGUUGUACUGAAAUAUUUUGUGAUAAAUAUUGUACAUUUUAUUUAUAUUACUGUGGUUUUGGGGAUUAUCCAUGUCUCUAAUAAAAUUAUUUUGAACUGA